AACGUACAGACUUCGCGUUAACACGCUAAGGGACAUAAUUAGUGACCAAUAUCUGGCAGUAAAUAAAUGUCAAGUUAUGUUACUUAGAAAUAUUGACAUUUACAAGCGUAUGUUUGUCAUGUUUGCAAUAAAUAAAAUUAUUGUUGAUCUCUCUGUUUGCUAAUUAUACUAUACCAUGUUGCUAUAUUGCAUUACUAGUAGUCAGCGGCCAGUCGCGAGCGGCGCAGCACGCGUAUUCAAGGUUACCUCGCAACAAAACAAAAUAAACACUAACGAGUGAUAAAGUGCGUGUUACUUGUGAACAUUUGAAGAUUUAUUAUUGUGAAGUUUUAACAAACAAUUUACUAAAAAUCCAUCUAAGUUACUUAACAAAUAAUAAUGUGCCAGUAGUUAAAGAGACGGGAAAGUUAAAAUAAUGUCAGAGUUAGAAAACAAAAUGGAAAAAAUCAAGAAUAGAUUAAUAAAAAUUCACGGGAAGAUACAAGAUACUGUCGAAGAUAUCCAAGAUCAAGUACAGACGAAAAUAGAAAAAUCUAGACUUGCAAGUUUUGUUUCUCAUUUAUCAGAAGAGAGAAAAUCUAUCGACUCCGAAGACAAACUUGAGUCAAAUGUUAUUAAAUCUAAUAGUAUACCAUCAGUUGUUAUCAACGAACCGAUAGAUGGCGUUGAUCAAAAGGAAAUCUGUCGAAAUUUCAUUAAAAUAGAAAGCAACGGCGCCAUUUAUAGAAGUUUGUCGGAAUCAAACUUGGCUUUUGACGAUGAGAUUUUUGACAGCUCAAGUGAUUCCUGUAUCUCGUGUUUAUCUUCCAGCGAUGAAAGAAGUUCGGAUAUAAGACCUCGAGCUGGUAGCUGCCCUCCAGGCCAGAAGCUAGAUGUACCCAGUAGCUGUGGUGACUUGAUAGAAAAAAUCAGCAACCGCUUCCCCGGACUUAGGAGUAAGGGUGAACGGAUUCAUAGGUAUCUUUUGAAGAAUACGAGGUUAAGUGACGUUAACAAACGACUAAAGGCUCAGAUAUGGAGCUCCGUGGUGACGAUAGUUCUUGUUGAGGCGAAGAAUUUGCAAGCGAUGGAUGUAGAUACUAGAUCUAGUGAUCCUUAUUGCAAAUUUAGGUUAGGUAAUGAAAAAUACAAAAGUAAAGUAGUAUGGAAAUCCCUUCAUCCAUCAUGGCUCGAACAGUUUGAUCUACAUUUAUAUGACGAUCAAGAACAAAUACUGGAAGUGACAGUGUGGGACAAGGACAAACAGACUAAAGACGACUUUUUAGGGAGAUGUACAAUAGAUUUAUCGUCAUUAGAAAGAGAGAAAACGCAUAAUAUAUGGCAGGACUUAGAAGAUGGAAAUGGACAGAUAUUUCUAUUGUUAACUAUCAGCGGCACCACGCAAUCGGAAACUAUUACUGAUCUAACUAGUUAUAAAGAAAAUCCUAGAGAUAUCGAAAUAAUAGAAAAGAGAUAUUUGUGGUACCGUCUCAACGAGCACUCGAGCGGUGUGGGCUGGCUGUGUGUCAAAGUGUACGGCGCCAAGGGCUUGGCGGCGGCCGACCUCGGCGGCAAGUCUGACCCCUUCUGUGUACUGGAACUCGGCAACGCCCGGCUUCAGACACACACGGAGUACAAGACUUUAACACCUAACUGGAUGAAGAUAUUUACUUUUACAGUCAAAGACAUCACAUCGAUACUAGAUAUUACUGUCUACGAUGAAGACCACGACCACAAAGUAGAGUUCCUAGGUAAACUGGCGAUACCACUUCUGAACAUACGCAAUGGUGAGAAGCGAUGGUUCGCGCUCAAAGACAAGAAGAUGAGAGCUAGAGCAAAAGGGAAUUAUCCACAGAUAUUAUUGGAAAUGAUGGUCAUAUGGAACCCGCUUAAAGCUGCAAUAAGAGCAGUAAAUCCAAAAGAACCAAAAUACAUGCAUCAAGAAUCAAAAUUCAAACGGCAGCUGUUUAUAAGAAAUGUGAUGAGAUUAAAAGCGAUCAUAAUGUGGUUCAUUGAAGUCGGAAAAAUAUUACAAGACUGUUUCGAAUGGGAAUCUAGAUUAAGAUCGUUCCUAGGUCUACUGGCGUGGCUCGCCUUUUGUUACUACUACCAGAUGUGGAUGUUGCCGUUUCUACUUCUAGUCUUCUUCUCGAGGAACUGGCUCAUCUACAGACUUACUGGAGGUAAUCCGUUAUUAUUGCCAGUUGAUGAUGAGGACUUACUGGCUGAAGAAGAUGACGAAGAAGAAGUUGAUAAGGAAGAGAAGAAAUCAUUAAAGGAAAGAUUGCAAGCGAUACAAGAAGUCACGCAAACUGUGCAAAAUGCGAUAGGUUAUGUCGCGUCAUUAGGAGAGGCUGUUAAAAACUUAAUGAACUUCACGGUGCCAUGUCUUAGUUAUUUAGCUAUAUUUAUGUUAUUUGGAGCUAUGCUGGUCUUGUAUGUUAUACCGCUGCGAUAUCUCCUGAUGGCUUGGGGUGUAAAUAAAUUUACAAGAAAAAUUCUCAGACCACACACGAUACCAAACAAUGAAGUUUUAGACCUGCUAUCACGAGUACCAGAUGAUGAGAUAUUGCUUGAUUGCAGAGAACUUAAACCUCAUCCACCGAACGAAGCUCGAAGGGACGCAAGAAAAAAACACAAAGCCGCCUAAAUACAGAUUAUAGCUUGUCAA